AUGGCCGCAAGCAACAUCCCACCAGCCUUCAUCGCGACUGUACCGCAGGAGAUUCUGCAGAUGAUUUUCAGGUCUCUGGCCCGGCCCGAGUUGAAGAGCGUGCGCCUUGUCUCUAAGGAAUUCGACAAUGCCGCCAAGGUAUUUCUUUUCCGUCAGAUACCUUCCAGAAGGAACAUGGACAGUUUCUGCAAGGUCCGUUUGAUUAGGUCCAAGCCUCAUCUGGCUAAGUUUGUCAAAGCUCUCGCAUACAGUGGAAAGACGCUCUGGCACGGAGACGGCGAGGCCGAUUACGGUAGAUGGUACCAGGAGAGGAUUGGACAGGGCCAAAUGGCAUCGCAGCAAUGCGAUGAAAUCGAAAGACGUAUGGAGAGUGUCACGACAGACGAGCUACACCAGUACUAUCAGAGAUUCUGUCGGUACUAUCACGGCGAGGAGAUUGAAGCUUUCUGGGAUUGUGGACAUCAGCUUUGGUCCUAA